AUGCUUGCUGUGUUGAAUGGUCUUUCGCCACUCAAGUGUCUGGUUUACUUAGAUGAUGUUUUGGUCGUGGGUCGCACGUUUGACCAACAUUUGGAGAAUUUGGACGAUGUCUUGCAGGCUAUAGACAGAGCUGGAUUGAGACUUAAGUUGUCCAAGUGUAGUUUUGCGAAGCCAAGUGUGGAUUUCUUGGGUUUUACCAUUUCUGCUGCUGGUCUGGCCCCAAAUGUGACCAAAGUUGAAGCAAUCCGUGCUUUUCCUACCCCACAGAAUCUCACUGAGUUGCGACGUCUCCUGGGUAUGGCCUCUUACUACAGGCGUUUUAUUUCUGGUUUCAGUGACAUUGCAGGUCCUCUUCACCGUCUGAUGCAAAAAGGUGUCCGCUUUGAUUGGGACAAGAACUGUCAAUGA